AGAAUUUUUUUAGCCAGCUGUUAGUCUGCUCCGUCAAUUUUUAUAUGCAAGGCUCGAAAGAGGAGGAUUGAAAAGGUAAAAUUGAAUAGAUUGAAACAGUAUUUUUCUGGAACAGGUAUGAGGAAAAAAGGCCUUUUCAAAGAAGUCAAUGAAAAGCAUUCAGCUGAAAACAUCCCAAAGAAAUCUAGAAGUAAUAAAAAAACAUUGCCUGCUCAUGUUAUUGAAGAAAACAAUGUUGAAGGAUUUAACAGCCAUGAGGAAAAUCGCUUAAAGUAUUUCAGAACCAUAAUGGAAGAUGAAAAUAAAAUAGCCUCAGAUGAAAGAAACCUGAAUAAAAAAUUAGUUAAAAGAGGAUUUCAACAACCAGAAAUCAGUCGGUACAUUAAAGAUGUCUCGUCUGACAAUUACAACACCAACAAGCACCGAAUGAUUCGAAUCAUGUUUCUUGCUAACCAGCUUGCCAGAGACGCCGGUGUUGAAUUACUCAUUUUUGGGUAUUUCCCAAAUGUUACUGUGGGAAGUUGUGCAGCAUGGGCAUUUGGUGAAGAGACUAAAAAUUUUGUAACGAAACCAACAGCCAAAUCUUUUCUUGAACAUUGGGAAAAUUUAUUUUCAUUAAAAGAAGAUAUACGUCAAAAUCCAGACAAGGCAAAUGUUGAUGUUGAAAAUGAAGAACCACACACUGAAAAUGUUGAGUUAAACAAAGAAAAAGAAGUUGUUGGUGUUCAUGUAUCACACAUUGGUUUAGAAGGUGAAAGUGUGGAGCCAACAAAUAUAGAGUCAGAAGCUGGUGGUGUGGAGUCAUCAAACAAAAAGUCCUUUGAACCUGAGCAAAAACAUUUUCCAUCACACUUGAUUCCAGGAACACAACAUCCGUCCAGUACUUUUACCGUUACACUGACACAAAGUGAAGAUGGCACAUAUUUACCACCACCACAUCUCAUUGAUCAACUAGAUGCCUGGGGAUUGGGUGCGUCACCAUCACCCAUAAUUAAUACACUUGCUCCACCAUCAUCCGGACAGCUGUUGCUUGAAAUUGCAACAGAAUCGACAUCCGAUCGAACAGGGGCUUCAAAUGUGGCUGCGUCUGAACUUCCAGUCCCAGUAAAUGGCUCAAAACGAACAGUUCCCGUACAGGGUCCAGCAACAACUCCAGUUGAGUUCGAUACAACACCGACGCCAUUUGGUACCACUACUCGAAUUACUUCGAGCGAAUCGCAGGUUUUUCCCUCUGGAUCAUCGUUAGGCUCAACUUCAGGAGAGAAUGCACAAACUAAAGGACAAGCUUCUCCAAAACGUUUGCCGGCUGAAUUAACAGCAAAGGCUGCUUCCAAUCCUUCGCUGCUCCAUCCUGUAACUUCGAGUGAAGCGCAGGUUCUGAUCACAGCGGUGAUUUCAGCUGCCAAUACUUCCAUUGGAAACCCAGUGUUGCGAUUUCAAGAAACCGGACAACCAGUUACAAAAAAUAAAGACUUAACUGCAGGAAAGAAGGUGCGCCAGAAAGAACAAGAGCCUCAAAAUCAUUUGCCGGUUGAAUUAACAGCGAUGACCGCUUCGAAUCUUUCGUCGUUCCCUCCUGUAACAUUGAGUAAAACGCAAGUUCUUAUCUCUUCUCCUAGUCCGCCGGUUUCAGUUGUCACUAUUCGCAGUGAAACACCCGAACUACCAACCCCUGAAACUGGACAAUGGGGAACGGAUAAUGGAGUAUUGGCGUCGUCGGAUUCUGCAUCCGCUUCGAUUUUCAAUCAACAAAAGCGGAAGAAGUGUGUCGAAAGUGAAACAAGUACGAAAAAGAAACGCGCUGUUUCAAAAAAUGUUGCCUCAACGAAACAGACACAGCGGAAGUCAACAAGAACAUCAAAAACAAAAUUGUUAAAUUGAGAUGGCUUAAAAUUUGUACAGUCAAUUAUUGUACACUGAAAUAAAGAACAAUUUCACCAA